GCGACAUGCCACUGUCGUGCUUCAGCCCUGUCCUUCAUAGUUCCUAUAGCCAGUCUACCAAUACCAGUCCACUUUUGCCACUGCAGUAUCUGCCGUCGUUCCACCGGCACACUCUGUACCGCAGGAGCUGUAAUUCCUCAGCCAGUCGUCGACCUGUCCAGCUUGACAGGAUACAAAAGCUCAAAGCAUCUGACACGGUGGUUCUGCUCGACAUGUGGAGCCCAUCUCUUGGGUACUAUCCAGCUGGGUGACGCAACGAAGUGGUUCGUGUCAGCGCCCUCGGUUGACGCAGAAGAAGAAGUUUGGGACUUUGCUGGCCAUGUGUUUGUUGGGAGUACCGGAGAUGGAGGACUGGCUACGCUGAUGCGAGAGAUAGGCAGCACAGAGUUGGGCUUGUGGGAGACCUGGUCUGGCAAGAGCGCCCCAUGGCACCCGUCAGAACGCGUGAAAGACAGUAGAGCUGUCGAGACACAGAGUCAAGGCCGUCUGCACGCCCAUUGCCAUUGCAGCGGCAUCGAGUUUUACGUCUCACGACCAACUGGCGACGAGACAUUCACCGACAUCGACGAGAACAACGUUCGUAAACACAAGAACAAGUGGCUUGGGAUCCACGAUGUGUGCACCACAUGUCGCCUCACAAUCUCAACUUUUGUCAUGUCCUGGUUCUUCCCUUCACGCGAUCAUAUCACACUGGCGGACGGGUCACCAUAUCCAGAAGACGGCAUUUUUGGUACUGUUAAAGUGUACGAGAGCUCAGCAGAUGUUGACAGGACAUUUUGCGGCAGUUGUGGAGCUGCGGUGAGUUACGUUCAUCACAGCAGAUCCGAUAUCGUAGAUAUCGCCGCAGGAUUGCUUGACACCGAGAAUGUCAGGGCUGAAGAUUGGCUGGAGUGGAGGACGUACAAGCUGGCGUGGGAGGAUGAUUCUGUU